AAACACAUCUGGAGCAGUACCGCCAAUGCCCAUGUGGUGGGAACAAAGGCAAAGGUAGUAAGUAUGUCGCUGUUCAUGUAUGUGUACCUGAGUGGCUUUCUUUUCUCGCCAUGACAUCAUCGUGCGAUGCAAAAGACGGUCAAGAGGGUCCCUGAGCGCUAUUUUUCAUUACUGCUUUCCAUAGCAAUAACCAUAGCAUCCUUGCCGCUGCCAAUUGAUAGAAACAUCCGUCUCUAUCCCAUGUUAAUGGCAAAAUACCUAGCGAUAUAGGCUGCUUCAGGUACUGCGCCUUCAUAUUCCACGGGCACUCAUUGGUUGGCCUUGCUUUUGUCUUUCCGUACCGCUAUGGAGACCAUGGGGGUGGUGUACCAGAUUUCGCCGCUCGGCCGUUUAGUAAUGAGGUAUCCAGCUCAAAUCAAAGGGGAUGAUGGAGAUGGAUGGAGAUGAAAAUGUUAUUGAAAUGCCAAAUCACCGCCAAAUCACUGGCUGUAGCUCUCAAAGUUCUCCAGUUUUUAUUUGUCCUUUGUAAGAGAGCGACGUGGGAUGUGGGAUGUCAGACUUUUGGGUAUAUAUAUCGCGCUGAUGCUCCUUUUUCCAUCCGCCUCUUCUCUACAUCUGUACAAAAAUCAUAUCUCUCAAUCCCCCCUCCCGUAUAUCUUCUACCUAAUCAGAGCUUCCUCUUGAAAGCCUCCAAUUUAUCACCUACAUCACCACAAAACAUCCGCAACUACGCCAUCCAAACCCUUUCUACCCCGCCCAGAAUGACUCCCGCACCCCUCCGCAUUGUCAUGGCCUGCGACGAGGCCGGCCACAGCUACAAAGAAACCCUAAAAGCCCACCUAUCAAACAACCCCCUCGUCGCCUCCAUCACAGACGUGGGCGUUCCCUCCGCCGAUGACAAAACCGCCUACCCGCACGUCGCCGUCCAGGCCGCCCAGCUCAUCAAGGAAGGAAAAGCCGAUCGCGCACUUCUGAUCUGUGGAACCGGCCUGGGUGUGGCGAUUGCCGCCAAUAAGGUUGCGGGCAUCCGUGCCGUUACCGCUCACGAUCCGUUCUCUGUUGAGAGAUCCGUUCUCAGCAACGAUGCCCAGGUGCUCUGCUUUGGCCAGAGAGUUAUUGGCAUCGAGCUGGCAAAGAAGUUGGCGGCUGACUGGUUGAACUAUCGCUUUGAUACCAGCAGUGCCUCCUCGGCUAAGGUGAAGGUUAUUGGCGAGUAUGAGGCUAAGUUUGCUUGCUAAGAAGUGGGUUUUUUUUUUUUUUUUUUGUCUCUGGAAGACUUUUGAUGAUGGCUGGAAUUUUGUCGCUUUUGCCCUUUUUGACAAAUAACUUUGGAACGUUGGAGUGGAGGAGGUCGAUCCUUCUCCUUCUCCGUUUCUUUUUCUUUGUUUGUCCCCUAUAUACUAUUUGAUUUGACGAGGAAAGAAGGAAAUGGGACCAAAAUUUACCCAUGGCUUAUGAUUCACACACUUAUGUAUUUUGAUGUUAUAGAUGAGGUUUUUGGGCUUGGAAAAGCAGAACUAUAGACAAGGCAUUGUUACAAUCAUAUCCGGAAAUCAAAAGAAAAACACAAUGACUGAUUUGUUUGUUGCUUUUCCGUUUCCGUGUUUGCCCUCUAAUAUGUGGACUUCUAAAUGCUUUUUUUGACCUCCCCUUUUUCUAGACUCCGUAGCGAAAGCACUGUACGCGGUCACACAAAAUGAAAAGAAAUCAAGUGUCCCAAACAAUCCAAUUACCUCUCCGCCUUGUCCUCCAGCUCUCGCAUCUCUUCCUUCAUUCUGGUAAUCGUCCCACUGCCCCCGUAAACCAAUCCCGUAUAAAGCAUGGCUACAUUAGCCCCAGCUUUAAGAGCCUUCGCAGCUUGUUCGCCAUUCGUGAUUCCUCCAGAUGCAAAAAUCACUUUUGGAGCCAAGUGGGGUUUCGCCGGUGAUGUCAUAGCGUCGGAUUCAGAAGAUGGUGGUGUGCUGUCAGGGCCACUAUCGCCAGAUACGGGGGUUUUAUCAAGUAGCGCUCGAUAUCUCGCGACGAGGGAAACAGUUUUGUUGAACAAAUGUGGGCCCGAAAACCCACCCGUUUCUUUUAGCGUCUCUUCCUCGCGGGCGGACAGCUUGUAGCCCGUGGGUAUUGCUGCAGGCCUGGUGUUGGUAGUAUUUCCCACAAUAAUUCCGUCCACGCCAGAUGCCCAGACGGCGUCGCAGAUCCCGGAGAUUUGCUCAUCCGUAUCCUCAUCCGGGCUUACUUUGACCAUUACGUAAGGUUUGGUCGUCCGACUGGUGCGUUUUGCAGCAUGGACGACACCCUUAAGUAGUGCAGUCAGGGGCCCUGAUUCCUGCAGCGUUCGUAGGCCAGGGGUAUUUGGACUGGACACGUUCACAACAAGGAUAUCCGCAUAUUUUCCUAGCUGGUCCACGCAGUAAACGUAAUCUUUCUUGACGGCUUCGAUGUCCGCCUCUGGUGUGUUUUUGUUUUUCGCAAUCUGGACGGCGAGAAGCUUGCCUUCGAUUAGACUGCCUGCCGGGACACUUGCUUCUCCAUUUAACACCCGUUGUUCCGCAGAUUCACCCCAUCCAAAACCGUGGGCAUAGGCGAACUCGCGAACUCGUUGCUUGAGAACGGCAGCCAUAUGAUCUGCUCCUUUGGAGUUAAGCCCGUACCGAUUGAUCAAAGCAUUCUGCGAGACGAUACGAAACACUCGACUUCUGGGGUUUCCUUCCUGAGGAAGCGGUGUAGUUCCGCCAACCUCAACGAUGGCAGGCCCCAGCUCAAACAGGGCUGACGGGAUCUCUGCGUCUUUAUCAAGGCCACCAGAUAUCCCAAUCGGAUUGCUAAGGGUAUAGCCAAAUACCUGCUUUCAAUCGUUAGACAACACAUGCUUCAAAUGAAUAAAGAAGGGACAAAAGAACGCAGAGAUAAUAUGUCACCUCAGUAACUAGUUUGCCGUCGCCAUCCGGAUUUCCCCUUUCUCUGGGAUGGAGGCCAAACUGAUAGAGAAAUUUCAACCAAUCCACUCCCGCAUGAUGAGCGUCUUCCGCAUCUGGAUAAUACCACCUAAUCAGGCGCGGGACAAUCCACCGAUGGGCACUCGCCCGGGUGUCAGUCGCAUAGAGAUAGCCGCCCCAGAGGAAAAGAACGAUUGUCGUUCCGAGAAAAUAUCUCUUCAUUUUUCUACCGGCGGGUUUCGCAGUUUCUGUGGCAGCCUCACUUACUGGAGCAGCUGGUGAAGUUGAAGAUGUGUUCCUUGAACCAAAUGGCACAUUUGACCUGGAUACCGGAACUCUUUGACCAAAGCGCUGUGGGAUUGAACAACGGGGAGCUCGCAGCGUACCGCUGCGUGACAUUGCUCCCAGGUUUCGGAGUAGAGACCGCGGAAGGCGGCCAUUUCCACCGAGUGUCAUUGCUAAUGCGGCCAGAAGAGGUAUACUAUCGAAUUGUCAUCAAGAAUGAACAAAAUCAAAAUUGUUCGAAUGUAUCCGGGGGUGCUAUUGAGCAGUCAAUACAUAGUUAUAAUAUUUGACAUGACAAUAAUUCAAGCAAAAUUAAAAAUGGAACAAACAAAAAGCUUAGCAACAGGCUUUAAACAGCAACAUGAUAAUAGAAACAAAC